AUGGCAAGUUUCACCGACGAACAAUUUGAGCGCCUUUUGGAAGGCCUGAGCCAAAGUAGCGAUAUUGAACCGUUUGAAACUUUUCUUGGCAACUUGGAGGAAAUACCCGACAUUGCGCCGUUUAAUUCUUUUUGUGAUCCAACUCUUGUUCCAGUGAACAAUAAUGAAGGGCCAGAAAAUCUUCUCUCCUUCCCUCCGCUCCCACCAAUCAAGGAGGACGUAUCUGCGCCCCCAAGCAUGUCGUCGGGUUUGUCCUCGGCGCACUCCAUUGCAACAUCAGUGCUCGAGAUAAAUGAGGCCCUAGAGACGGCGCACUGGGCAAAGUUCUUGGUCGAGUCACAGCGGUCGCAGCAAGAAGCUAUGAAGUUGGAAUUAGAUGCAUUGAGGUCUACUGUGGAACAAAUCCAGAAAUAUCAGUUAGAAAUUCUUAAUCCUUGGGUUGAGGAUGUCCACAAUACACUCCGGGGGCUGGGAUGUUUAGGGGAUGAGCCCCCGGCCUCCGCAACCGAUGGUGAGUUCGACAUCAACAUCAUUGAUCGCUCAUAA